UUGAUUGCGUUUGGCCAUCGUUCGAAUCUUCUGCUAGCUCGUUACUGGCGCCCCAACCUUACGCGCGUAUUAUACGAACAGGAGAUGGCCUGGAUGCCUUUUUUCGUCGUUUACCGUUAUCGUGGAAGAAGAACUUAGGUUCUGCGAUCACGAAGCUAAUGCUUAUUUCUCUUGUGUCCCUUCACGAGCGCCUGUCUAAUCGAACCAUUUUACCGAACACGCCGAGGCUUUUAUCAUAAUAUACAUUAUUUUUUACGAAUAACUUAUUUUAACCGCGCCUGUUUUUGUGGAAAUCGAUCGAUUCUUCUACUUCUGUGAGAUUGCUUCUUUCGUUUAUAAAACAUUCCUGUUGCACGUGCUUCUCGUGUCAAGGACGAGAAUCGAAAGCGAUUAACGCCAAGCCAGAUUUAAAAGAUGAAAGUGACAAUUACGUUAUUUGCUUUAAUAUUCGUAUGUUUGAGUAUCGUGCAGGUCGAAUGUCGAUCUAAGAAAACGAAACAAUUGUCGUUACAAAGUAAGGAGACUAAUCCGGUGAAUUUUAUAAGGUUGCUCGUGAUGAGACUAGUUUUUGGUGUGGCUACAUCGAUGGGAUUAGGUGAAAAUAUUUCUGGUGUUCUUGGAGGAAUAUUCGUACCUCCUGGCGCGGAAGAUUAUGCCGACUAUGCUGACGACGAUCUGAUCCCUGAUCUAUUCUAAUGAAAACUGAAAUGAUCUGCAUUUUAAGCACAAGGAUAUAUGUAUAAUACGCGUUUUUUUAAAUAUUUAAUUACUAAUUUAUUUAUUAGUUAUAAUAGUCGUGUAUAUGUACGUACGUAUGUAUGUAUUUUGUGAUUAACAUCGACUUGACGACGGCAAAGAAAA